AUGCAGGUCAAAACUCUCUUCGCUCCCAUUCUCCUAGCCAGAGUAGCUUUCGCCCAGGGCCUCCCAAUCCGUGUUGCCUCAUUCAACAUUCGAUACGACGCCAGCUCCCGUGAAUCCGGGGAGAAGCCGUGGUGGGAUCUCUUCUGCUGGAUUUCCGCGGACCGCUGCCGCCAGCCCUAUGUCAUCGACGCAAUCAAGAGUAUUGGAUCAAACGCACCAUCCGGCGCCGUCACCGUUAUUGGUCUUCAAGAAGUCCUCGACAAUCAGCUCAGCGACAUUCAGAACGGUCUCGGCUCCGACUGGGCCCACAUCGGCGUCGGACGUGACGACGGCAAGAAGAGCGGCGAAUACACCCCCAUCUUCUACCAAUCCGACGCGCUCAGGCUGCUUUACGAGGAGACAAAGUGGCUCUCGACGACGCCUGAUCAGGUCUCUUACGGCUGGGGCGCCGGCAGCAGGCGCAUCGUGACCAUUGCUGUCUUCGAGCAUACCGCCAGCGGAAAGAAGUUCAUUCACGCCAACACGCACCUUGAUAACGCCAGCUCUCAGGCCCGUAUUGAGGGGAUCAAGGUCGUAGUUUCGAAGAUCCAGGCCGUGCAGGCCACCUACGGCCCUCUGGGCAUCUCACUCACUGGUGACUUCAACUCCGACCCCAAUGGCGAUGCGUAUAAGACAUUGGCAGGGACGGGGUUCAUGGAUGAGUUGUACAACCUGGCUACACCAGAACAACGCAUCGGCCCCAACCAGUUGACAUACACCACUUUCGACACGACCAAGCAGGGCAGCCGCAUCGACUUUGUCUGGCUCGGGCCUAAAGAUGCGAAAAAGUACUCGGUCCAGCGACACGAGAUCCAGAACAACAGUGUCAAUGGCAUGCUCAUUAGCGACCACAGACCUGUGGUUGGAGACGUUACGUUAUUGUCUUAG